AAACAAGAUGGCGUCGAUGAAAACAUCCCCUGGCUUGGUCAAUUUCUUUAUAUACAAUUCCACUUUUGCGCCAAAAGAAGGAAUGGUAUGUUAUUUGAUUUUUAAGCUUAUUUCUCGCUGAAUAUACAACUUACUGCGAAAUCAGGGUUGUUAAUCAGGAAUCAAUUGCCUAGAAAAGAAAGUUAUCCUUUCAAAAUCACAGGAGGAGUAUCCAUUUUGCAAAACACGUUCCUUAAGUUCUCUUACCGUGGAAAAAUACUGUAUUGUACAUUGUCUGCGUGCAGGCAUGUUCUAUUUCUUCUGUUGCAAAAGAAAUGGGAGACAUCAACACACAGGCUAUAUUUAUAUGGUGCAGCUUAUAAGCCGUGGUAUUCGCCUCGGUAAUUCAUGCCAUUGUAUCCUGCCAAAGAUUAGAAGCUUUUAACUUUGGCAAUCUCAAUAGCUUUCUCAACAAUUUUGUGCAAACACCACCCUUAACUCUACCAUCACCCUCACCCUUACUCUUCUCCCUACCCCCACCCUCACUCUUACCCGCACCCACACCCUCGGUCUCACCCUCAUUCUUACCCUGAACGUCUUCCUAUUCUCCACCCUCACCCUUUACUACCCCCUUGGUCUCACCCUUAUCCCCACACUCAACCCACCCUCACCCCUCCCCUUGCCUUCACCCUGUGCUUUUGCUCCAGUGUCAUUUUUUUCUGACAAUACUAAAUUUGCUGUUACAAACUUAUAUACAUAACCAUAAUUAUAUUUUAUGACAUUAAGUUUCCUAAAAAAGGGUCCUGAUUUAUGAAUUUUUCUACGUCAGGAAAAGCAAAAGAUUGUCCUCUAUAUUCCACCUGGAGAGAACAUUGACAGGAAGAUUAAAAACAUAGGACUCUGUGAAGCAUUGGUCAAAUUUACACAGUAAGAUCGAAUGCUAUUUUACAUGCCACAUUUUAUCCGACUUUUUGUUGUCAAUUCUUUGAUUCUUUUUAGUGCAUAGUAAACAGCAAAAAGGGUUUUCAUGAAAUCAUAUGUGGUCCUUCAGUUGAUUUUACAAUAAUGCAUAACAUAUUCUAGCCUGUGAAUGCAGACAUAUUUCCUGUUGUUGCUUCUCCUCACCUGAAAAAGUUACUUUUUGGGAGGAGAGAAGCGAUGUCCAGAAAUACAUCUGCAUUUAAAGGCAUAACAUCUUCAUUUUACUGUAGAACAUUCUCACCAGACAAGCCUUGUAGCUCCCUUCACACUCAGAAAACAAGGCAGGUGUUUUUUGAAGCAGAACCAGAUUUCUGGAUGAUCAUGGUAAGCAGUUGAAUAUCUUGUUAGGCCAAACCUGUUUUCAGCAGUCAUGCACCACUGAAAAAUGGCCAAAACAUUUAAAUAGAAAAGUAGAGAUGUUGCUUGGAGAAGUAUCAUUCACAAACCUUGAGCGAUUUUUAGGUCAUCUUGUGCCAAAAGUACAAGCAAUGAAGGCAAGUGCUGCAAAAUCGUAAAAUACCAACAGGGACAUGGUUUUCUUCCCAAUAUGUGGAACAAUGGUGUUUGGAAAUUUAAACUAGGGAUAAUUAUACAUUACCCCCACCUCUCCUCCAACCAAAAAGGUCUCUCUAAUUCCUCCUUUUCACACACUAGUUUUAACUUGCAGGUGACUGGUACAGGUGCUGCUACAGCUUAAGGUUUUACAAUAGGGUUAGGGUCAAAAUAAUAGGAUCUUUAUAAGCCACCCUUACAAAUAACCAUAACCAUGUGCAUGAUCACUGCAAUUGCUGAGAUAAGCUAAUGGCAAUAAUACAAUAAUAUGGGUGGAUUUGCAAUCUUUGCAUGGUGACAUUUUUUGUUGUUUAAAACUAAUUUUUUCUUUAUAGACUGUCAGCAUUCCUUUCAGUGAAAAAAUGGCAAAGGAUGGGAAGAUGAUGAUUGAAUAUCAUGAUGAAGAUGUCUUGGUCAGUAGAAGUGGCCCUUAGUAAAUCCCAAAUAAAAAAAUAUGUCCACUGGAAAGCAUUGUGCUGCAUGCAUUAAUAAUUGUACACUUUUAAGCAUAAUUUUUUUUUUGUAUGAAGAAUUUCUUAUAGUGUUGAAGGCUUUGGAGUUUCCAAAAUGUAAUGUGAUACAUUUAUAAAUAUGGUAAUUGAAUUGUUUACUAAAUGUUAAUUAAUUAAUGAUAACAUAAUACAGUGAUUAAAUAUAAGCUACUUUAUUUAUAUAAAUUAAUAUUGACAUUUCCUUGCAGGAUUCUGUUCUUGAUGCAGUAUUAAAGCAAGCUUACAAAAUGUUCAAGGUAUGCUUAGCUUUUAAUUCCCUUGUAUAUAUAAUGUACAUAUCAGUGCCGGAUCCAUACCUUCAAAUAAGGGGGAGGCCCAGUCAUCCAGACCCUUAGUUAAGGGAGGGGGGGUGGUGGUCCCCUUUGGGCCUCAGUUUGGUCUAAAAACAAGGGGGACCGGGCCCCUCGGACCCCUCCCAUGAAUCUGCCACUGCAUAUGUAUAUAAUGUUUGUUAACAAUGGUCAUUUUGUCAUGAAAUUGAAAAGAAACCAACUUGUAAAAUGUCAUUGAUAAAAUAAUUUUUGUUUUCUUCUCAGCUCUUUAAUGGUACAUUUGCCUAUAUUAUAAAAAGCCACAACCUUGAAGCACUUUGCAAAAGAUUAGAACAUUUCUACACAUCAGUAAGUUUUGUUUUUGACCUAUUUUUAACUGCUACGUUUUAAUUAAUAUGGUGAGAUUAUUAUUUUGUCAUUCCAACUUUUAAACCUGUGGAUGAAAUUUAAAUAUAAUUGCUCUAAGAUUUUUCAAAAAAGAAAACCUGGACACUAUUAGCUAGAAAUAAACUAGAUUUUUGAUAACCUAAUUUAUUAUUGAUACAAUUUUUUUUGCUUAAUAUACAAACAAUGUACUAUCCACAGUUGUAAUUCUCUGUAUUCUUCUGUAUUCCUACAUGUAAAUGAAUUUUAGCUGAACUGACAGUAAGAUAACAAGAUAGAGACUUGAGAUGGACUUUAGGACUUAAAUUUUUAGAAUCAAAAGUGAUGUGUGAGUGAAAAUGAAAUUAUAUUAUGUUGCAUUUUACAAUUUUGAAAAAUUCUUUUGUUUUCAGUACUUACAGACUUUAAACUUUUCCCAGUUUGAUCUGCUGGAUGUUUUUUCAGGUACUUACAGCUGUUACCUAUUUGGCAUUAAAUCAUUGAUAUGAAUUAGCUGCUGUGGGGCUUGGAAAAAAAGUCCUGUCCACUAGUUUGGGACAAACAGAUUUUCUUGCUGGGCAAGUAAUCUUUAAACCAAUGGGCAAAGGUCCAUGCACUUCAUCCUCUAACUAAAUCAUUAACAAAGACAAGCAAGAAGUAGCCCUGGGCAAACAAAAUGUGAGAGCAGCUUGCUGAAAUGACUAGCUGGUAACUUACAUUAUUUUUUUUCUUCAAGCCCUGUAACAAUGUACUCAAAUGCCUGUAUUGUCACACACUGUCCAGUCUAUAAUCCCCAGGUGUGGCUCCUAGAAUUCUAAAAAUAUAAUUUUCUUUUUGAUUGAAUGAAUAUGUCAUUUCUUUUCCCACAGGAAUAAAUUUUCUUCCAGUGGACAAAACUACCUUUCUAAGGAUCCAGUCUUUCAUAAAUGUGAUUGAGCAUUCAUUCAGGUAAAAACGGGCCGUAACAUAAUGUACAGACACACCUAGUACAGACACCCAAAAAAUAACAGACAUACAGUUUCAUUUUCUUAACAAAGAGCUCAUAUAUUUUCUUUAAAAUUAACCCACUUAAAACAGACACUAGUUAAUACAGACAAUGGAUACUUUUUAAGAAAUGGUCCCAACAUCUCAUAAAAAAAUUGCAUCAGAGAAAAUCCAAAAAACCAUAUGCAGGGUUGUCACUAAGAUUUCGAGUUGCCAGGUAAAUCCAACAAGCAGGCAGGGAAUCAAACAGCUAGGGAUUUCUUUUGGUUCUAUUUUUCUGUUAUUUUCCAAUGAAAGUAGCCGGGGCCACACCCAUAGUAGCCAGGGGAAAUCCCCAGCCUCUGGCUCUUAUUGACAACCCUGUAUAUGUAAAGUAGAUGAGAAAAUUCCAGUGAAAACAUUUUUUUCACUUCUCACCUUUUUCAUGGUUCAUUCAAAUUAAUUUUAUGACUCUUUGGGUUUUUGCAGAAACCUUUCAGGUCAGUAUGAGAUUCUGGGAAAAUAGACCGGGCUUGGGAUUCAUUGUUUUCUAUUUUCACUUAUUUUCAGCCAAAUAAGGUACACAGCUUUUCUAUACUCUGAAAAACUUGUCUGGUAAGUCCAUCAUAUGUAGUUCUUGGUAGUAAAGUGAUGUUGAGUCAGAGUGAUCUUCACUGUACACUGUGAAAUUUUAAAUGUCAAGUUUGUUUGAUUUUUAAGUUUUAAGUAGUUUUUUCCUUUUGCAGGAGUGGUCUUGAACAAGAAGAUAUGCGCACACUAUACAAAUACUUAGUCUCAAGUUUGUUUCCUACAACAAAUGACCUGGAGGUACUGUACUGUCAUUAUUUGUACAAAACUUAAGGUAGCAAAAAAAACUUCAAAAACUCAUUAAUAAUUCAUAAAGAAACAACAAAAGAAAUUAAUGUUUAAUGAGUGUCUUUAUAUCUGUUAAAGACCCGACCAAAAUAGACAAAAAUAACCCUAAAUCUAACAAGAAUGAGUUGAUCUAUAUCUAACCCUAAAAACUCUCAGUUUCGCCUUGAGUUUUUAAUCCCGAUAAUACACUCCCGCUCAUUUUUUAAACUGUACUUCAUGGCUAUCUAACCCUGAAAAUAAAUGGUUUUUUGCAGAGUAUAGAAAACCCAAGAUCUCAAGGUUAUGUUGUUGUUCAGCCUAAAUCUCAUCAUGGAAGGUAUCUUUAGAAGUUUUGAAUCAAUACUACCGGUACUCUAAAUGCAUUUUAGGCCCGUUUGAAAUGUCGAACUUUGCUGACAUGCUGAUUUUAAUGCUGAUGAACAAGAUCUCUUGUUUUUGCUGAGUUGCUUUAGAUUGAUUAGACACAUGUGAAGUUCAAUGUUUGAAAGGGGUCUUAUGAUGAUGAUGAUGAUGAUGAUGAUGAUGAUGAUGAUGAUGAUGAUUCAGUAGUGACAGUAGUGUUGGUAGUGGUGAUCAGUGUACAAAGAAAGUAGUGUCCGAUAGCUUGGGGCUAGUGGAUUUUGCUAUUUUGCCGAUGGGCAAGUGAAUUUUUUGUGGGAUGGAGGGGGGGAGGUUCACAUUACAGAAGAACUGUAAUCAAUGCUCACGAAAAGUAUUUUUGUGCUAGUGGAAAUGACUUUUGGGCUAAUACAUGCUAGCUACAGCAACAUGCAAGCAGUAAAACUGACUUUCUUUGCACCCAGUGAUGAUGGUGAUGAUGAUUAUGACUACAUUUAGCUCAUGUUAAGUUCAACAUUUCAAAUUGGCCUUAAUGAAGUGAUGUUGACGAUGGUCUUAUUCACUCAUUCACACACUUUUAAUGAUGACAAUAGCUUGAUCAUAUGGAGGUGGGAAUGGCUAUGCUAACAGUGGCGCUUAGUGGUAUGAACAAGAUGUUCUACCUUCCUCCAAGAUUCCCAUUCAGAGGAAGAAAGAAGUACGAAGCAUUUUUCCUAUUUUCAGAUUCAUAACAGGUCCUACUGAAUUAGGAGAUGUACCAACACCAAGGACGCCACCCAAAAUAUUUGUUAAUACUGACUCUGAACAGGAGGAACUGAUACUAGUGGUGUAUAAGGUAUUAUAAAAAAACUAAGCUAAUGUACUUGUGCUUUCUCUUAUUGCUUGAAAAUACUGUUGUUAAAUAUACUCAGCAAUGGUAAUCUCACGAUAUAAUUAACUGUCAGGAUCAUUUCUUUAACAAAGUCUAAGCUAGGCUGCGGUGUAAGACAUCACUGGGCUUUCAGUUUUCUAAUCUCUGCAAUAAGUGGCUUAUUUCAAGAUGAUAUAUGUAAAUGUUCCUCCACUUUAUACUGUGUGUUUCCAUCAAAAAUUUCACGAUAAAUGUUGAUUAUGUGAAAGCAUAAGCAAACUGAAAAUGGUUUAGUCACGAGUGUUAAACAUUAGCUAAAUUCCGUUAUUAAAAAUAGCCGGCCCUGAAGCUUGGUCUCGUUGAUGUAUCGGCAAUAGGAUAUUGCAAGUAUUUAAUUCUAAGUCAAGACAUUACGCCUGAUGCUUUUGUAACUGAAUCCUUGUUUGUUUGUUUGUUUGUUUGUUUUUUCAGGCUUUAGAGGCUACAAUAUGUUUAAUGGUCUCAGGUUAGUGAGAACAAAAUGCGUCAUAUCUAGAGAUUUUGUGGAAUGCUACAGAUAUUUUACUGUUUAAUAGCAAUUUAAGUAGUGUGACAAAAGAAAACAAAGAUUAAAGUUAUUCCAAUUAAUGGUACAGUCGAUAUUCUCUUAAGCAACCACCCAAAAAUGGACGAUUUAUUGGUUGCUUACGAGAAUCAAACCACUAGGAGUCUUUGGAAAAUUAUACAAAACGUCACCUAAAAACUGAUCGCGUUCGCUUUGGAGAGGUUCAAACUUUAAGGCUUUGUCUUGAGAAAAACUUGGUGUUUGGAUUGAUGGUCGCUCUGCACCUGUUUUUUCCGUCUGUGGCUCUUCAAAGUCAACACUAGUUUUCACGUUGGUUUUCACUGGUACGUGAUAGUUUCCGUAAUUCUGUAAUAAACAUUCCUCAUGUUUGUUUUAGUAUAGGAGUCGCCCCACAAACCUCCCCCCCCCUCCCCCCUCCCUCCCGCAAGAGGUAAAACGCCGUUUUUUAUGUUUUGUUUAGGAGAUGAAAGUUAAUCAUUGUUCGAUAUCUACAGGAUUGACGUUGGGACUGUCUUAUUUUGCGUUUUUUCCCUAUUUAGGGCCUUAUCCUAGCAUGGACCUCUUUAGAAAGAUUGAUAAUUUUAUUGGCCCUCAACUUACAACGCUGGCCAGUGUGGUUGGUGAACAAAGUGCAAAGAAGCAGCAGAGGUAUCAAGUGGUUAAAGAAUUUCCUCAAGUGGAUUCAUAGACUUUUCGACUGAUUGAAAAUAGUCCAUGUUUGAUAUAUUAAAAUUCUAACAUGACUCCAAGGCUUUCUGGUAAUUUUUCCUUAUUUGGUAUGCUUAUCUUUGUGCUCAAGUCUUUUCUGGGAAUUGCGAGACAAUGGAGUCGUGAAAAAAUUUGCAAUUUUGACGCUUAAGCAUCGGACUCAUGUUAGAGUUUUAAUAUACUGAACAUGGGCUAUAAGUGCCUCUAGGUGUUCCGUUCCCACGGAGCCACCUAAACCGUACAAACAUUUAGACGCCCAGCCGUUUAAAGUUCCGUGUGAACAGAGCGAAAAUGUUGAACAGUCCCGUGUGGACAAAGUGUUCGGUCAAAUUUUUCGGUCGGUCGAAAAUUCGUCCAGUGUCGUGUGAACGUGGCCUUAGUGGUCGCUUACAGGAGGUGGUCCCUCAGGAGAAAGAAACCACAGGGGGUCUCUUCCGAGAAGAUGUCCGAACACAUCUACUUUAUGGAAGAUAAUUUAUUACGUAUGUGCAGACGGAUAUGUGCAGUGUCAUGUGGGCACAUUGUACUUAAGUUCUUCUUAUACUCUAAGUAGCAUAGUUCAUACAGCGAACAUAGAGAUCACAGCAUGCGUCAAGUGGUCGCUCACAAGAGAUUAAAAACAAUGGAAAACUGUUAGUCGCAAAAAGUGGUAGUGGUUGCUUACAAGGCGUGGUCGUUUUCGAGAGGUUCCAACUGUAAGGCUUUGACUGGGAAAAAUUUGGUGUUUUGGAUGAGUGAUCGCUUAAUUUAUGGGAGACGGUCGCUUACGAGAUUUGGUCGCAUAUUGAGGUUGGACAGUAUUUUCAUUUACCAAGUGAAAUUUCUUUGUUUUAACUAACGCCUUUUUGGACUUAAAAAAACGAAACCCUUUGGUGUUGACGACUGCGACUGAAGCGAGAACAGGAAAAAAAGCAAAAGUUUUAAUUAGCAAAACAACAAUUUUGCACGUGUAUCAAGCAUUUUGUACAUUUCGUUGCUGUCACUACAAAGCUGUGACGUGGAAAUGUCUAAUUUCACCGUUUCGUGAAGGACAUGAACACAGGACAACGACUUUCUUUUCUUUUCCUGAACUUUGAUACAGCCCUUUUGAAUUCAACUUCAGAAAACGAGAUGGAAUAAGGGCGAUAAAGCCGUUUGAAGCAGCGAGAAUGCGCUUUUUAAGUGACGUUUUUGUAGCCGUCGCUUUCGUUUUUGCUUAAGCUCCCUAAUACCGCUUAACAAUGCACAGACCACUUUCGCACGACAACUUGUUGCAAGUUGUCAAAUCUGAUUCAAAAACCCAGUGGGAGAACAUGGAGAAGACCUUUGAGCGUCUACGUCUUAGAGAGGCGUGUGCUGGCCCACGAACAGGCGUCUAUUCUUUUCGGAACAAACAGUGUAAGGAGGAAUGGCCGUUUUUAUGAGACACACCGAUUACCUGUCUGUUAUAACAUUGUGCAAACAUAUGCACUUGCGUCGUAGUUCGUGUAGAUGUGUAAGUGUAGCUCAUGUCUCUUUUUCGACUCCAGAGACCGAUGAAUAGGGAGUUUUCACAUUACGUUACGGUGACCAUAUUGGUGUUCCAAAACAACGAAACAGCGGCCAUGUUGUAGCAUGCCUAACAAGCGUUUCCAGUCGAGUUAUUGCACGAAAGUUGGAGCGAGAGCCAAAAAAAAGCUAAAUCGCGCGGAAACGCUUGCUUCAUAGGUUAGCCAUGUUGUUCCAAACUUGAACUCUUUUAUUUAUGUAAACGUUGCAUUUCUCGUUGCCACUUGAGUGAAAACGCUUUUACGACUCUUGCUAAAAGUUAAAUGUUAAGCGUAAGUUAGUAAAGCUUAAUGUUUACUCACUUCAGUGCUUUUUUGCGUCCUUGAUUCAUUCCCAGCUCCGACCAGCAGUACCGAUAUCUGUACUUCAACCACAUGAACUUGGCCCAGAAGACUUCAGUCCACUCCAGAAGGUCCUCGCUACCUAUCGUUGCUCCUGAAAUCAUGAGACUUAUGGGCGACAUAAGUACGGACUUUGCAAGGUAUAGUCCUUGGAAAUCUUUGUUUUUCAAAUCUUUUACAAUAAGACUGCGAAAAUGUGGCCGCCUUGCUUAGCUUAGCUUAGCUUAGCUUAGCCGGCGCUUACACUUCGGCAACUUCUGUUUCAUCGAGCGAACUCUCCAGGAGUUUCUACAAGCUGUUUUUUGACGAACACGGUUUUAUUUUUUGGCACGUGCUGCACGUGCAUGCGCCCCUAUUUUGCACGUGCGUUUACCUUCCAGCUUUGCACGCUUGUUGAACAGUUUUUAAAAUCAUAACUUUGGCUCAGGCUACUUUCCUCUGUCUAAGUCGAAGCGUCAGAAUUUUUAUUUUGACGAAGUAAAGACUAGUUUGAUCAUUACUUUUGAACUGAAGUGGCCCACUUUAAUAACUGGUCUAUCAGCAGGCAUGGUUUUGUUUUCGUUGUCUGUUGUGUCCCUAAAAUGAGGAAUUACAAUUCAAGGCAGUGUAAAAUAAAGGUAUACAACUUCGUCUCCGUCCAAAUUAAAUUAUCCUGCUAGUAAUGCGGAGGCUAAAAUUUAAGCUACGUUGAUACUAUACUCGAUAGCUUUUCCUCCGGCACAAAAACCAUACUAGAGAAGACUUCUGUUUACACAUAAGAACGGUGAUUUCGGCGCGAUUGCGGUAACGGAGCGAAGCUGCGCUGCGCUGACCUCUAAAGUGGAGAGUCACAUAUCGGAUAGGUGCUUGUGUCGGCACAAAAAGCUAUUCGCUAUAAACGGCACCCGACUUGCCCUCUUUGUUAAUUGUGAAAGCAAUAAAGGAAGUUUUUUUGUUACGCCUUUGUAGUUUCCAAGAAGAUGGUGAAACGUUUGUGAAGACCAUGUCCGAUUGUUGGAUCGUUGGACGAAAGUCAGAUCAGCGGGAAUUGUUCGUCAUCCUGAACCAAAAGAAUGCCAACCUUAUAGAGAUUGAUGGUGAGUGAAGUUUUACGCAGGAAACACCGGUUGUUUCCCAUUUACAUGGGCAAACCGGUCAGUUCAAGGUUUGGGUAAAUGGUAAGCAAAAUUCACAAAUCAUUUCCGUGAACCGAUAACGGCUUCGAAAGCCUGAAAUUGGUAUCAAAGGUGGCUUUUAAGAAAUAGAACAGGAAUUUCCGUUUGGAAUAUUCCGACGGGGAAACAUGACUACCUUUUCAGAUGGUCCAUUGUUCCGGGGAAUUUUCCGCUGGAACGACCGAAAAAGUCGUGUUCCAUUUUCUUUUUAACCAGAUUUUCCGGAAACGUUUUGUAAAAUGGUAAACAGCCACCGUCAUUGAGAAACUGCUUCACGUAGUCUGCAGCCUUUGUAUGAAUGUAGAAAUAAGGGAGUGGUCAUUACUUAGCCGGGAAAAGGAGGGAACAUGAAUUUAUGCACAAAUUAGGUAGCUUUGGUCUCUUUAAUAACGGAAGCGUAAACUGUGAACAACGUCAUCAAUAACGAUUCUAAUUUCAAACUGAACAAGCAGCGUUUAUUGAAAUAUUGCACAACCAAGGGAGGGGUGAGAAUUUGAAUGGCCUCCUUUCAUUUGCACCCGCCAUCCCUCCCCCUCUAUUAUGGAAGUAAAGCUAGAAUCCCUAAAUACGUGUUUACUGUGUGUUCAUUUUGCAGAGGAAGUGAAAAGACUGGGUAUUACACAAUUCAACAACAUCUUUUUCUUGGACUAAUCUAAAGGAAUGAAGGGGAAAUCGUUUAGAAUCAUACUGGCCUCGGUUGUGCGUAACGCCGUCCAUUCACAAUAUCCUCGUGACAUAAGCCUCAAUGCUUGGUUCUCUCUCUCGCCUUUGGAACUAGAUUUUUUACUAGAUUCUUCGGACACACUUUUUGGUACAAAGAAUAGAAUAUUUGGCAAAACAGGUUGCCUUGUCUUUAAGCCUCAUUUUUGUGUGCGGUCGAUGGGUUUUGGGUCACGUGGUUCGAGUCGAGUCG